AUGGCGACUGCAGAAGAAGCUUUGAUUAAAGAAGCAGGAGAUAAGUACAGAUCUUUCUUGCAUGAUGAAGCUGAGAAUACCACACUGUGGAGGCAUGGUGGACCUCCCAUAUAUGAUGCCGUAAAUCAGCUCUUCGAAGAAGGCCGGACUAAGGAAUGGCCAAAAGGAUCUCUAGAAGAGGUGGUGCAAAAUGCUAUAAAGUCAUGGGAAAUGGAGCUCUCACACAAGACUCGUUUACAGGACUUCAAGACCAUCAACCCUGACAAAUUCAAGCUUAUUGUUAAUGGAAGAGAGGGAUUAUCAGGAGAAGAGACACUUAGGAUUGGGAGCUACAAUGCUUUGUUGAAGAAUUCCCUGCCAAAGGAAUUUCAGUACUACAAAGCAGAUGAAGAAACCUUUGAAUCAUCUCACGAUGCCUUUCGAUCUGCCUUGCCUCGAGGAUUCGCAUGGGAAGUUCUGAGUGUAUAUUCAGGGCCUCCGGUGAUUUCUUUCAAAUUCAGGCAUUGGGGUUUCUUUGAAGGACCUUUCAAAGGCCAUGCUCCUACUGGAGAAAAGGUUGAGUUUUAUGGCUUUGGAGUCCUCAAGGUGGAUGAAUCUCUGAGAGCAGAAGAUGUGGAGGUUUACUAUGACCCAGCAGAGUUAUUUGGAGGGCUACUUAAGGGGCCGAACGUCUCGCCGUCUCAAUCAGAAGAUAAAACUGUCAACGCUGCAACAGCAACACAUGGCUGUCCAUUUUCCAAAUAA